AUGCGCGGCGCUGAGGGCGGCGGGAUGGCGCUGUGGCGGGGGCUGCGCUGCUGCCGCCGCGCCUUCGCCUGGGUGCCCGUGCUGCUCAUCGCGCUGCUCCUGCUCUGGUCCUACUACGCGUACGUCUGCGAGCUCUGCCUCGUGACUGUGAGCAACCCUGUGGAGAAAGUGGCCUAUCUUGUAGUAUUCCAUAUUCUCUUUGUGCUCUUUGUGUGGACAUACUGGAAGUCUGUUUUCACUCUCCCAAUACAGCCAGGCAAAAAGUUCCACAUGUCCUACGCUGACCAGGAGCGCUACGAGAACGAGGAGCGGCCCGAGGUGCAGCGCCAGAUCCUCGCCGAGAUCGCCAGGAAGCUGCCGGUGUACACGAGGACCGGGAAUGGAGGGAUUCGGUUCUGUGACAGAUGCCAGCUGAUCAAACCUGACCGUUGUCACCACUGCUCUGUUUGUGCCAUGUGUGUGCUAAAAAUGGAUCAUCACUGUCCAUGGGUGAAUAACUGCAUUGGAUUUUCUAACUACAAAUUCUUUCUACUGUUCUUAGCCUAUUCUUUGUUGUAUUGCUUGUAUAUUGCUGCAACAGUCUUCAAGUAUUUCAUUAAGUAUUGGACAGGUGAGCUGACCAAUGCACGCUCCAAAUUCCACAUCCUUUUCCUUCUCUUUGUGGCAAUCAUGUUCUUUGUGAGCCUCAUGUUCCUGUUUGGCUACCACUGCUGGCUGGUCAGCAGGAACAGAUCCACUCUGGAGGCUUUCUCAGCUCCAGUGUUUCAAAAUGGCCCAGAUAAAAAUGGAUUCAAUCUUGGCUUUGUGAAGAACCUCCAGCAAGUGUUUGGGGAAGAAAAAAAGCUCUGGUUGCUGCCUAUUGCCUCUAGCCAGGGGGAUGGACAUUUUUUCCCCAUGAGAACCUUGAGUGAAGCUCGGAACCCUCUUCUGGCAAAUGAGGAGCAGUGGGAAGAGGAUGGAAUAGAUGAAGAGCCUCAGGGUUCUGGUGAGGCCCCAUCCCUUGCCAUAGAAAGGGAGACAUAGCAGUGUGAGCACACAGUGGUGGAAAGCUGCAUCAGAAAGCUUCUCUCUCAGGAGCCAACAUCCCUUCUCUUGGCAAGGACUUCAGUUUUGAGGGGCAGAAAACAGGUGGAUCUUCAAGAUGAGAAAACAUCCUGAAGUAUUGUCUGAUGGGAAUCUGCAUUCCAGAGUGCUUCUCCAGGAAUCCUGCUGUCCAGAUGUCCCAAGGCUUUAUAAAUUUAAGUUACAGAGUUAACAGAACAAUUUUACAGAGUGAUUGUGGCCAAUCUUUGGCCUGCUCUCUUUAUUUUAUAAAUACUAUCUAUUUUUUAUUCAGAACAGGUACAGAUGUUGAUGCGAGUGCGUUCCGAAGGCCUUUUCAUUUUGCAAACAUCAGGGACUCGAGCUCUUGAAAUUCUUCCAAGCCAUAAUAUUCUUGGGGAUGGUUAUUUAUUUUGAGGCUGAUUCUCCAACCUUCUCUGACAAGUGGCAUUUUCUCAUGUAUUUAAAUUCUGAGUGAGUUCAGCUCAAUGCAAGACAGACCCAGUUAAAUCUGGCACUAAAUUGGGAGCUGAAUGUAAAAGUGUUGAAAGCAAAAGUGCUGAACAUGCACAUGUACAUGUGCAGCUGUGAGUGAAAAUAAAAUAUUCACAUUGCCAGUAUCAAGAUUCAAGAAUAUUGUGGCCAUAGAUUUUUUAAAACAUUUUUAGGGAGGGUGUUAUUUUCCUGGUGUUUGGGUUAUAGUGCUCUUGCAUCCCACUUGCAGGCUUCUAAAAUGCAAAAGGGAACUUCAGACAGUCCAGUUUUCAUUAAUUCCUAGGGUUAAAAUAUCAUCUCAUUCCUGGAUCAGUGUUUGAUGGAGAUUUGUGUGUUCAUGGAGUCAGAAAGGAAGAUGGGAAUUUGAAAUAUGCACUGAAAGUUUGGCUCCAAGAGUCAUGUUUGGAGUUUCACUCCACAGGGGUGGCUUUAGCCCCAAAAUGCUGAAGACACAACUGAUAUAUUGAAUUUUUUCAGACUUCUUCCGAGCUCAGUGCACUGAGUGGCUUCAGGGGUUUCUGCACUAAGAGGUGAUCAGAUUUGUUUCUGCAUUUUGCUGCAUUUACAGUCAAAGAGGUGAAUCCCUGUUUCUGUUCUGGGGCAUGGAACUGAGACUUGACUGGCUGGAUUAUGGAUAUUUUUCUAGACCUGAGUCCUUUUUUUUUUAAUCUGCAUGAUUCAGCCCAGUCCAUCAUUCUUGUUUGAAUUAGGUGCAUGCUAAAAGUAUUGGUGUACUGCCUCUAAGAUCAUUUAGUACCAUUUUCUAUCCCAUUUUUGUGUUUGUUAUCAGCCCACUGGUGUUGGCAGUGACUACAGGAGCAGCUGUGCAUGACAGGAGAAAGGAGCUGAUGAGUGAGGUUGGUGAUGGAGGCUUUGCUUACAGAAUAAGCCCCUUUUUCCUCUGUUCCUCUGCUGCAGGGAUGUGUUUGUGAGCCAGGAGAGCCUUGCAGAGGUUCCUUCCCUAAGAGAAGGUGUUUCACUCCUGCCUGAUCCGUGCCCUGGGAUGGAAUUUUGUCCCUCAGCCCCUGCAGUGUGUGUGGAGCAGUGCUGACCUCCCUGGGAUGUGUCACUGCUGAAUUUGGUUGUGAGGGGCCCAGGUGGGCUGGCCCAGGCUCCUGUGGGUUUGUCUCUCCUCAGGGGGGCCCUGAACACUGAAAAUGUUCCUAUUCAGCCACCUGAGCCCCAUCUGUUGAGUGGCUCUGUCACCAAACGACUGCUGAGUGCUGGAAGGGUUUUCCCUGUCAAUCUAAAGCUGCAUUUCUGAUGUAAAUCUGGUGUUGGACCUUGUGCUGUGUGUGAUGCAAGGUGGCAGCUGAAUUAAUCCCCUCAUUCCUGGCAAAAUGUGCUCUGGAGGGGGAGCUUGAGAGGAUGAUGGCAGCUAAACACAGCCAGAAUGUAGCACCUACAGAGGUGCUAUUUGUGCCUUUAAAAACUUUAAAUUCUUUGUAUAUAAAACCAGGAAGGUGAUUUGGUGACUUUGUUUCAUCCUGCCAGCUGAAGUGUAUUUUCCCAGAGCUUGUGUGGAUUUACAGGAGUUUUCUGAGCAGGCUCUUGUGCCCUUCCUGGCUUUGGCUCUGGUUCCAGCCUUGCCAUUGUUUGAGUUGUUUCUGUGCCAGGCAGGAACAGUGAGCUGUGCAGGAGCUCCUCUGUCUGCUCCUGCUGCUGCUCUGAAAAUCAGGGUUUGUCUUCUCAUACUAAGGCAGAUAUCUUUGUGAUGGCACAGGUACCAAGCUCAGAUUGAGAAAGGGUUUUAAAUGUUUCCAAGGAACUUUUAUUCACUUUUCUUGUAAUUAAUUGUGGUCAUCUCUUCCCUUUCCUUCAAAGCAGCUCAGCCUCCCAUGGUUGGAACAAACUCUUGUUAGAACAACACAAAGUUUAUCUCUUCAGAGCCACUUCUCAAUGUCCACACAUCAGGUGCUGGAAAGUUUAAUGAAAUGUGAAACAAACCCAAAAGUUGUGUAAAAUGAGGCAGAACAAAAUGGGAAAACCCACAUGUCUGAGUGAGCAGCUCCAUUUUAUCCCCUUCUGCUCACUUAAGGUGAUAUCCUUGUUUUACCCUGACCUUUGUCCUUUUAAUGCUGAGUAAAUGCACUGGAAAACAGAAAUUCCUCAGGCUGCUGGUGACAAAAGAGAAAAUAUUCAGCCCAGUGUGUGGUAGGCUUUUUUAACCUGCAAAUGGCUCUUAGAGGUAACUCACUGCAGCACCUCCUUUGUUUUCCAUGCCCUGAUCCUCAUGCAGAGGCUCUCCCCCACCAUCACUGACUGUAAGGGCUGUGUCAGCAAAGCUCUGUCCUGCCUGCCCCCUCCAUCCCAGCAUUCCAGGGGUGGGAUUCAUCCCCCAGUCCCAUCAACACCAAGGACACUGCAGCUCUGGGAGCUGCCCAUGAUUCCAUGUGAAUGUUGGGCCAUCUCACACUGCCUGUGCUGGUGCCCAGCAUUCCAGGUACCCCUGAGCCCUCUGUGUGCCAGGAGCAGCCCAAGUGUCCCCACUGGGAUUGCCACCAGUGUCACUGUCACCCUCUGGGUGUGUGCUGCAGGUGCAGCUCCAUCCAGGGAACCUGGAGAAUGAAGAGCCUCAGUUGUGGUGCUGCUGUCAGUGUGGCUGUCAGGCUGCAGGGGCUGCUGCAGGUGUUCUCUGCAGCCUGGAGCAGUGUGCAGGCAGCAGGGGAACUGUCCCCACCCCUCCAGGAGCUGCUUUCUCUGCUUAGCACUGGAUCUGCAUUACAGCUUUCUCAGCCUGGAGCAGCUUUUCCAAGUGAUCUCACCUUGGGAAAGGAGGGAACUCUUUGGUUGGACUGUGCUGCCUCCAUUUUUACCCCUCUGCUCCUGGAUUCAUCCUCUACAAUAACUGACCCCUAACAGCCACUCCUCACCUCCCCCCUUCUCUCCAUUUCCAUUCAGGUACAAACCCCAGACAGAGCAUCACAGUGAUGUUUCUCUGUGUGCAAUUGUCCUAAAUCCAGCCCUGGGCCAGCAAGUCCUGCCCAAAGAACCUGGACUUGGUUUCUCUUGCUGAUUGGAAGUUUUUGGAGUAGGAUAAUCUUGUUUUCCUUCAAGCAGGGAGCACUCUGUAUGUUUGAGGAGGCUGUACCCACUGUGAGGGGUGCAGCCACUGGUGAGAGUCAGGAAGCUUCCAAAUCCCACUAUGCAAUGAAUGUUUGCUUCCUGGGCCAAACAGGAAUGGAUUCAGCAAAAUCCACACCAGCUGCAGCUCUGUAGUUCUGGAUGCUGGUCUGGACUGAAAGCACAACUUGAUGCAUAAAGUCUGUCAUGUGAUAUGAAUGUAAAAUGUAAAAGGGGAAAAAAUUACUAAUUUUUUCCCUGAAUUUAGCUAUGAAGAAUGAUGUACUGAGCAGUUACUCUGUGCAGUUACUCUGCUGAGCAGUUACUCUGUGCAGAGCUGAGGCACUCAUGGGAGGGUUUAAUUAGCAGGGGAAGGAGCCACUGCUGACCUUGUUUAUUAAGGCAGAACUAAUUAACUCAAAAGGGUCAUGUUUCCAUUUCAGUGACUCCUGUGGUACAGAUUUCUGAAAUGGAUCCAUAGUACUUGAAAAUACCUCAAUUUUAUUGAUAUUUUUCCAAUUCUAUCAGCUUCUGCUUUAUUACAGAACACUUGCAAAGCUAAACUCACCUGAACUGAUCAGAUCCCUCAGGUCACUGAAGGUGUUUGCAUGGCAGAGGGGCUCUGGUGUGGCAGACCCUGCACUGGCUCUGCCAUGGGCUGCAUUCCCUGCCCUGGUCACACACACUGAGCUCACACCCACUGCUGCAGGGUUUUGGUCUCUUGUGCUUUUUCCAUCCCACUUGGAGUAUUCCCUCUUCCUCCUGAACAUGCAGAUAAAUAUUUUCAGCUUUGAGCUGCUUGUGCUGGUUUUUUUGGAUACUGUGAAGGUGAGUAGGUGUCAUUUUAUGCAAUUGUGCCAUGUAUUUUAUUUGUAAUUAUUCUCUGUUUGUCAGGUAUUGGUUUGUGGUUCCCCUCAUCAGGCUUUGCUUAGAGCAGGAUCCCACUUUCCUGCAUUUUCUCUUUCCUAAAGCCUCAUUUCUUCAUUCUCCAGCUUCCAUUUGGGAUGUAAACCUUGUGAAAUAAAAUGUAAGUUUACAUUUCACAUACAAGCCUGUAAGUUGCUCAUGCCUGCAUGCUCCUUACAAUACUAUUUUUUUCUGUAUGAGGUUUUAAGAUUUACAGCAGCAUUUGUAAAACUUUAGUGGGUAACAGCCAUUGUUAAAAAAAAUAAGAAAUUAUGCUAAGGAGGGGGGAAAAAACCACAACCCUCAAAAAAUCCAACAAAAAGGACAAAGGGAUCGUCUCUGCUUCUUAUUCCAGCUGUGCUUGAAAAGAAAUGCUGCUUGCAUGCAGUGCUGUCAGACAGCCCUGAGACAGGCAGGUACCUCACCUGAGGGCUUCCCUGCUGUUUCAGUACUUCCUGAAGCACUUCCUUGGGUUAAACCUUGCACUAAAUCCCAUGGAAACCCAACAAAAUCAGCCUCCCCCUCUCCCUUCUAACCUGGGGAAGGUGAGUGCAGCCCUUCUCAGCACUUCCCUCUGUAAGAGAAGCAGAAGCCCAAAGUGAAAGUGUUGGUUUAUUAUUCCCCCACCUUUUUCUGAAGGAUCUGGCAGCCUCCAGGAUGUGUCCCAGAAUUCCCUCAGCACAUGGAACUCUGCUGCUGUCCUGAACUGCUGGGCUGGUGCAGGUGCCCCUCCCUGGGAGGGACCAGGCUGUGCCUGAGAGCUGGGGGGAGGAGGUGGAGCUGUGGUUCCUCUGCUCUGCUGGAGCUCCAUCCUUCUUUGGAGUUAACUUCACUAUGGAAUGGCUUUCUGCUCUACUCAUGGAGCUACUCCAGAGUGACUCCAGAUCCACUGCUGGAGCGGGGAGCUUUGGGGUAGGAACACAGCAAGUAGGAAAGGUCUUGUUAUUUUAUAAAUGUAUAAGCUGCCUGCUCAGAUGGCUGUUCCUCAGCUGAAAAUGCUGUUUGUGGUGCAAAGGGGUCCCUCAAGGAUAGAAGUGAGCUGGAUCUCAGCAUCAGAGAAUGGCAGAGGCGUGGUGCUGUCAGUGUAUCAGCAGGGUUUAAUGUCAUCCAGAAAAGCCAGGGGGUUUCACACACUGGAAGAUGGGGCUGGAGCAGAACCCCACUGCAGGGGGAGCCCUUUUGGGGGCUCCCUUUGGGGCAGGAUCAGCUCUGCCAUCCCCGUGGAGCUGCCAGAACUGGGACACAGCAGCACCCCCUGAGUGGGAGCUGCACCCAGCUGCUCUUAUGGCCCAGCACGGACUGGGGCUGGCAGGUGUUCUGUCAGAACUGCUGGUUUAAUACACAUCCCUCCCCCCAGUUCAAUGGGAAGUCAUUAUUUUGCAAGGAAUAUCACAGCAGGAUUGCUGCCCACCUUUGGGGUGUUGUGUUCAGGAGUUUAAUGCUGCUGCUGCUGCUGGCAUUGAGACUUUUGAUAUCAAAUGGGUUUUUACAAAAGCCUUGGAUACUCGUUUUUACUGUCAGACCAAUGCUCUGACUAUGCUGAUGCUCUGUGGAGUUUCACUGGCAUUUUCCAAGUGUUUGUACAGUUUCUACAGCUGAAUAUCCUGUAUGUUCUGCUUUGUUGUUUUUUAUUAUGGUUUAUACUGCACUGCAGGCAAGGACUGCAUUAAAACCAUUUUUGUCUAAUUUAA